AUGGGGAAUCUGCCCGCCCAACGAGUCCGUCAGUCACGUCCAUUUUCCCACGUCGGCAUUGACUUCGCAGGGCCUCUGUCAAUCAAGGAUGGACGCCGGAGAAACGCACCCUCGGUAAAAUGUUACUUGGCGGUCUUCGUCUGUAUGUCCAUCAAGGCCAUUCACGUAGAAGUCGUGUCAGAUUUAUCUACCAAUGCCUUUAUCGCCUCCCUACAUCGGUUCGUGUCUCGACGAGGAGUACCGUCCGACAUCUAUUCGGAUUGCGGAACCAACUUUAUAGGAGCGGACAGGGAACUACAAAAACUUUUCGGGAAGUUGGCAACUCAAAAUUCUGUCAGUGAUGCCAUUCCGUGCCGCUGGCAUUUCAAUCCCCCGGCCGCACCCCAUUUCGGUGGGUUGUGGGAGGCCGCGGUCAAGUCCGUCAAGUUUCAUUUGAAAAGAGUCGUUGGCACUCAAAUCUUAACAUUCGAAGAACUAACAACAUUAGCAAGUAGAAUUGAAGCUGUAUUGAAUUCUCGCCCGUUAACUGCCAUGUCGUCUGAUCCACACGACUUACGAGCACUGUCACCCGGCGAUUUCCUCAUCGGCCAGCCUUUAACUGCCAUCCCUGAACCAGACCAAACUUAUAUCGCCCAGAACCGGUUGAAUCGUUGGGAACUACUUCGACAGAUAUAUCAAUCCUUUUGGAAACGCUGGGCCUCCGAAUAUUUGACAACUUUACAGGGCCGUUCCAAAUGGGUUCAGCACCAACCUAACGUCAAGGUCGGAGACCUCGUAUUAAUACAAACACCAAAUCAACCCCCAAUGUUCUGGAAACUUGGUCGAAUCGAAAGCACACAUCCCGGACAAGACGGUGUCGUUCGUGUGGCAACUGUUCGAACAAAUAACGGUAGCAUUAAACGUCCAGUGGUAAAGCUAGCAGUGCUACCGAUGGAAGGCAACUCCUCGACAUAA